AUGCAGGAAAUCUGGCGUUGUGGAUGUGGUUGGGAUGAGAAAUCAAGUUGGCCGAAAGGUGGCUCACGUGGAUCGAAGCGUUGCCGAACGUCCACCAAGUUAAGAUUCCUCGCUGUUACAGAAUUAGCCAAGCCAACAAACAAUGUGGAAUUGCAUAUUUUCUGCGAUGCCAGCGAGAAUGGGAUGGCUGCUGUGAUCUACUCCAGGUUCGAAGAGGAAGGAAAGGUGGAAUGUGCAAUGAUUGGAUCCAAAACACGCGUAGCCCCUCUGAAGUUCCUCACUAUCCCUCGUCUUGAGUUACAAGCUGCCGUUAAUGAAGCUCGUCUAGCUGACUGUAUCAUAAAAUCACAUCGUAUGAAGAUCGCGCGCCGCGUUUUCUGGACCGACUCCCGUGAUGUGAUACGCUGGGUACGAUCUGACCAUCAGCGCUAUAGCCAAUUCGUUGCCUUCAGGGUCAGCGAGCUGCUGGAUACAACACAAGUGGAUGAGUGGAGAUGA